UAAUAUGAGUAAAGGUGACAAGUCUCAAAACAUUUUCGAUUACAAGGUUGAAACCCUUGACUAUUGGAAACAAACUAUUGAAACAUUAUAACUAUCUAUGCCAUUCGAUGUAACUAUCCUCAAUUAAUUCACAAUUAGGAAAAUGCAAAUUCAUAGCACCUACUCUGAUUGAAUAUGUUUU